GCUGGGCAGCCACAUUGGACCCAGUCAGGGGAGACCAGAGGUAUUAAAGGCCUAGGCUCCAGGCCCCGGCAGGGCCCAGGCCGGGAAGAUGGCCUGUGGGAGCAACCACCUCAGCACCAGAAUGUCCUCAGGAGACCAGAACAGAGACCACAAGCAGAUCUGUGAGGUCGCUCGCAAACACUUCAGAAAAUGUAAGGUGGAGAUUUCAGAUGCAAUACAACACACAUUUCCUUUUCUUGAACUUCUCCGUGACCAUGAAUUCAUCACCAAUGAAACAUAUGAAGAGUCUCAAGCAUCUAUUAGUAGAAAACGGUUUUCUGUACAAGAAGUGGUGUACAAUGUUCUCAGUAAAUUGGAGGCGACAUUUCACCUGUCAAUUCUAGAAGUAUUGUUCUGCAAAGUCAUGAUGAAGAAUUACCCCAAUUUAAAAUGCAUUUAUAAAAGCUUCAGAUAUGUGAUACCAGACAAAAAAAUUUUCCCAGAAAUUGCUGGAGAAGAAAGGGAGGAGAGGCCUGCUAUCCAACCAAACUUUGAACAAGGAACUGGUGAAAACGCAUGUCAAUUCCUGAACUGGUCUUCCUCGGAUCCCUGGAAUUACAAUGGUACAACCCCACCUGAAAGUGAACACUCAGAGCACCUCAGUGAAACAGAGCAGAUAAAUACAAGAAGAAAAGAUACAACCAGUGACAACAAUGAGGCACUAGAAAGCCAACAAGCAAGUGAACAAUGUGCCCAAGAGCCUGAGCCAGCAGGUAAGCCUGAGUGACUGGGUUUGAUGAGU